CAAGAGCACACGUGUUGAAGCAUAGAGGUAAAUCCGCUGAUGAAAGUCCAUGGAAAGUGUACAAGUUACACAUGUAUCAAAAAAAAAUUGACAGGAGCAGGACUUGAACCAUGGAGGAAGAACUUGAAUUAUCGUCGUAAUGACCUCCAAAUUGACAGUAUUUUUUCGAGAUUGAAAAGGGAAGGUACUAUUAACAAGUUGACAAUGAUUGGGUUCAGGGAAUCAGCCCAUGGUCUUCUCAAAGGUAGCGCUCAAACUGCUAUGAGGCGCAAGACGAGGCAGGUUUCUGGGUUCUGUUCCAGACAGUUAUGGACAUUCCUAGAGUACUCAAAUUCUCCUUAUGUUACCAAAAGUCAACCUGGCCGCAAUGUCACCACAAGUUUUCUGAAACGUUGCACAGGUGUGAGGUUUCCAGCUUCAAGGUUUCUUAGCUUCCACAACAGUUUCUACCUCAGUGGACAUAAUGCUUACGAUGUGUCGCAGAUACAAAGGUUUUCAACUUCAAACAUUUCAUUCAAAGGUCUCCAUCAAGAGGGUAGAGAAAACCUGAAGUUAAACGGCGAUACAACAGAGAGUUGGUUUGAAAGCAGAGAUGGUCUUAAAGAAGAUGUUCAAACAUCAUCUGAUCGUGCACUUGAAGAAGACGAGUAUCUGUCAAUUGAACAAUGGAAAGCACUUAAAGAUGAGUGGAUUAAUAACACCCGCCAGCCAAAGGACUUGUUUGAAACACGCACCAUGGGUAGGCUGUGUAAACAUUUACUCCUUCAGAAAGGACGGUCACUCUUGGAGUUUGUCCAACAAGAAGGUAUUCCCCAGACCUACCCAUUGAUGGGCGCCUAUCUGUAUCUAUGUGUCAGACAGGAUGACCACAAGGAACUCUUUGAUAUCUAUGACUGGUUUAUAGCCAACAAUCCAGUUCUAGAAUCAGGAGUCUUAACUAAUCUCAUCACUGGGUUCUGCCAGACCAGUCGCUGGAGGGAGAGCCUUAAAUUCCUAGAGGAUACCAAGCAGUUUGGCAACCCAUCAGCACGCAACUACCACUCGCUGAUAACUGCUGCGUGUGAUCACAGCGACUUAGACCUUGUUGAACACCUUCUUCAAGACAUGGACAGUCAUGAUAUAAUUCCAUCUGAGAAGACUUGGGUCAAGCUCUUGGAAGUCUUCCACUGUGAAACAACAGACCUUGCAGUUUUUAAUCGAAACGCCAAAAUCAUUACUAACCUUCUGUGGUAUUUACGUGGAAAGAGGAGCUACCCUUCUGUGGUGGUGGGAUCAGAGCUUCAGAAAUGGUUUAAUAGGAAAAACGGUGAGGAAUGGAAAACAUCAAUGACUCGGAUUAAGAAGAAUGGGAAGUGUAGAUCCUGCCACUCAGAAAUAGAAUCAUUGGACAUUAGUGAAGAAGAUUUCCUCAAACUACGUCACCAGAUUAUUGAGAAGGUUAUUAAAGGUGGUGAUGUCUACAAGAAGACAAGACCGGACGAGUUAAAAGCCUUCAUGAAAUUCGUCCAAGAGGGUGCCCCAUAUGAUGUCAUUGUGGAUGGUCUAAAUGUAUCGCACAUAAACAGAACCAAGUUUCCAAGCAAACUGUUGCGACAGUUUGUUGUGUACCUGUCUCAAGAAUGCCGUCUGAAGUGCCUGGUACUAGGCAGGCAGCACAUGCUUCGUCCCAGUCAGAUAUGGAACCAACAUCAUAUGGAGGUCAUACAAGACGUCGCAGACUGCUUCUUCAUAGAGAAUGUAUCUGAGGAUGACCCUUUUAUGUUGUAUGCUACCCUGCUAAGUGGACCCAAGGCUUGCUAUGUAUCCAGGGACAUGCUACGAGACCACAAGGCCUUACUAGACACACAGACCCAUGUCUCAUUCAUAAAGUGGCAACGAGGGCAUCAGAUGUAUCCACUGGUCUUCACGGAGGGAAAGGCACUAUUCAAACCCAGGAUUGUUCAUGAUACAGUGAUACAAUACAGCAACUCAACAUGGCAUAUACCCUGUGAUGACGGCAGCCCACGCUACUCCUAUCAAGUACCUCUAGAUUGGCUGUGUGCAAAGCGAGUCAAAUGAAUCGCUGAUCAAAUCCAUGAUCAAACAUUUUAGGGGGUGCUAAAUCUGUCACAGAGCUGGAGCAUCUAGAGCGAAGUCUUUGAGCUCUUUGUUUUCACAGAACUCAGGAAAAGUACCAAGGGUAAACCAACAAAAAAUUCAUAUUCUAUAUCUCAAUGCAAGUUUAACAUCCAUUUCAUUUGUAUGUUGUUUGGGCUAAUACCGUGUGGGAGAUAGGAGAGUUCAAUCAAACACCCUGCAUGAUUGGUUGGUGAUCCAACCACCUGGCUGUGUCAACAACAAAAUAUAAAACAAGAAUGGUGUGUUGACAAACAGAAAUGACCCGCUGAGAUUUUUUUCUCAUUCUUUAGUUAUUUCAUGGAUAACUUUUCUUUUGUUUUAGCCACAAUGACCUUAAUAUUAAAUUAAUCUUCUCUAAAUUAUUACACGCAUGCACACACACAUGGAAGGACAAGGCAAACACUAUACAUGUAAAUGCCCCUUCUGUGCUGGCGGGGCAUAAAAACGCUUGACGCGACCCCAGUCAAAAAUGGCGUCUAUCAGAAACUAUCCAUACAGUCUUACUUUUGUAUUUUAAUUCCAUCAUAAGUAAAGUGUUGUGAAAAUAGCAGCUAAACAAGUUACAAUAUGUGGCCUUUUUUAGUACACAUUGAUUAAAAAUCAUAUGAUGCAAUCUCCAUAUAAUGUCAGAUUUUAUGUUUUUGUCCGACUGUGUACAAAUGGUGCCUACUGGAACUCCAGGCUCCCUUACUCUUAAAAAGGGCACUGUACACCUUUUCAACUCACCAGGGAUCACCUUAGGGGUUUUAACCAUAGCACUUGGAACAGCAUCACUUAAAGGAAAAUAACAAUAUUUUCUCUAAAUGUAGAAUGGAAUGUGAAUGAUCUUAAAAUAAACACUCGGUGUAAAUAA